CUAGUGUUCGCUCCCUGCCCCCCCCCCCGAUAGUCGCCCCGCGGGCGCGCUUGUUGCCGGGGCCCCCCCCGCGCCGCCUGCGCCUCUUCUUGCCAUUGCUCCUUCACCUCUGCCGUGCUCCUGUCGAGGGUCCGUGUCCAGGCGUGGGCCUGAGAUGCUGCUGCUGUCCGGGGAGAGGGCCUGCUGCGUCGUCACUGCUUUUACUGCACGUGGGAACUCGGCGGGGGCUGCAGCCCUGGGACCCUGGAGCUGUAGUGGGGUCAUCUUGAGCCAGAGUCCAGGGAUUGUGCUCUGCCAUGGAGCCCUCUUCUCUCCUUUCCUCUUGGAGGAGGUGAGAGCAGCGCAGCUGGGCAGCUGGCUCCAAUGCAAAGUCCUGCUGGCAAAUAGUUUCUCCCCAGAUAUUCAGAUCCAGAUUCUCUGGCCUACAGAAAGUAGAAGCAAAGAGGACCCCAGGGGUUUGUUGGGCAGAGGGUUGGAGGCUUGCAGUCCAGUUCUGGGGUUCAAUCCCCUUUCAAGCCAACAGGGGGGCCCCAGCACCCUCAGGCAGCAUGAGGCCAAACUCCUUAUGAUAGUGCCCUGCCCAGAUUUUCAGGAUACCUUCUCCAAGGUCUUCACCUGUGCCGAGCAGUGGCAUUUUUGUAAGAGUGAACAUGAACAGGAGUGUGGAGCAUUUUUGGAUGAUAUACAUUGUUUGCAUUGGUUUGCCUUACUGGAAAUCCCAGACCUCAACUCCCCUGGUACAGCUCAAGUCAGCUGUGUGCUGGCAGAGUCACUGAGGAAAGGUGACACACUGUUUGCCUGUGGCUCCCCUUUCGGCUCAUUUUGCCCAGACAUUUUUAUGAACACCCUUAGUAAAGGGGUAGUGAGUAACAUAGCUGGAGAAGGCAAUGUCCUUAUUCUGACUGAUGCUCGUUGCUUGCCUGGCACUGAAGGAGGAGGGGUCUUCGUGUUCUCUGAACAUGGAUUCAACCUAGUUGGAAUAAUUGUGGCUCCGCUCUGUUGGAAGGCCAAUGAAUGGGUUGGAUUGACAUUGGUUUGUUCUAUUGGCCAUAUCCUGGAGAAUAUCAGAAGCAUCUUAGUUGAGUCUGGCAUUUCUAUGAAAAGCUGGUGGCCUCAUGUGCAAUUGGUUGCUAAGCCUGUCAGGAAUGUGCCAGCCAGCCACAGGCCUGCAGAGCACCUCCUAUCUACUGUGGUUUUGGUGGAGUGUGGCCAAGUGUGGGGAUCUGGAGUGCUGGUCAGUUCAAGGCUAGUGGUGACCUGUCGACAUGUAGUGAAUGAAGCCUUUGGUGUCUGUGUAAAGGACCAACACAGCCUUGAAAAGGGCGGUGUCCUUAAAGGGAAAGUGGUGUUUGCUACAAAAGAGGAUUCUCCCUAUGAUAUAGCAGUGGUGGAACUAGAGGAAAACACACUCUGUUUUACAAAACCUGUUUUAGCUUCUAAGUUUUGUGCAGGAGAAGAAGUGAGUGUUGUUGGUUUUGGUGCAUUUGGCCAGAGCUGUGGCCCAUCGGUAACAUCAGGAAUCUUGUCAGCUGUGAUCACUGUGGAUGACAAGCCAGUAAUGCUUCAGACAACUUGUGCAGUGCAUGGUGGCUCAAGUGGGGGAGCCCUUCUCUCUACAAACAGCGGAAAGCUCCUUGGGAUUGUUGCUAGCAACACAAAGGACAACAGUAUGGGAGCGACAUACCCUCACCUGAAUUACAGUGUUCCCAUCACAGUUCUACAGCCGGCAGUCUUGGAGUACAGCCGUACUGGAGACCUGCAUAGUUUCCAGGAGCUAAACAGAGCUAGUGACAGGAUCAGACUAGUUUGGCGGCUCCAAAGAAAGACCACAGGAGCAUUGCAAAGCAAGCUAUGAGACUGGCCAUCUCAGAGAAGAAAGGUAGAGCUUUCCUGUGAGCAGGAUGUUCUAGGGCAUAGGGGAGAGGAGGACUUUACAUAAUAUUGAAUUGUGUGAUCUGUAGCUAUGUCCAGUUGGUUAUAAAUUUUCCAGGGCAUACCUGAACGCAUGGUGUCUUUGGGUCUCACUAGCUAUCCUGAAAUCAGUGAUGUUAACAUUAGUUCUGGCUGAACUGUGUGAAAGCAAAAGAUGAUCAGCAGCUGUUAUACUGGGCAGAGCCAAUCAAAAUAAAACUGUAGAAAUGAACUACAUGGGUGCCUGGCCAGGCUGCAGACUCUGCAUUAAGUGAGUUCCCUGGAUGAUGCCAGGCUCCUCUCCAUCAUUCCUGGAAAUGCUGUCCCCAGGAGUGCAAUUCCCUUCAGCUGCAGACACUGACUGGCUAUUCUUCAUUAUUUGGAAGUGCUGAUUAGGCAAGAAUAACCAAUACGUAUGGCCAGGCAAUUGCUAAAAGGGUGGUGUGACUUUCUGGAAGUACUUAGUGUCAGCAGGCGAGAGAUGAAUUGCUCAGGAUGCUGAUGGUGCAAGGAACAUAACUCUGAGCUGCAUUUUUUUUAUAACCAUAACAAAAUUAAAGCUGUGGGAUUGCAUUGUGGGAGACCGCUCAAGUCCUAUCUAGCACUGACACAGAGGGAAAUAAUCCUGCAGAGCAGAGGAUUAUCUGAUGACUUCCAUCUUUAAUGUCUCCUUCAGGAAAGGAGAUUAAAGCAAGACUGUGGGUGAGAGCUUUUAAUUCAGAGCACCUGUGGUGUAUUAGAAGCCUACAGGUAUUCUACAGAUUGGCUAAUCCUAUGCCAUCUCUUAUUGUUCACCUCCUUCAGUGGCUUGGCAGUGAGUUAUUUAAGGGUAGAGAUGUUUUCUCUGUCUAUUUGAAUCCAGUUUUAACUGCAGAUUAUGGAGUACUGGAAGGGAAGAAAAGGGGUAUAUUAGUUGUAAAUAUUGUCACACUUUUUCUACAUCUUCCUUUUCUCUUUUGCUACAUAAUAUUUACCAAUGCUUAUUUUAUGUUCAGACAAGAAUUUUCAGUCUCUGAACACAUCCUCGUGUUCAUGCCAUGAUUUCCUAUUACUGCUACUGACAUUACAAUUUAGUAUUACUAUUGCAUCCCAAAGUGGGCCAAAGCUACACAUUUUGGGAGCGUGUGCAUCUGGAGCUUUGAAUCUGGUGGGGGCAGCUACUGACGCAUUCUGAAACAGCUUUGAGUCUUCCCUGUGGAAGCAUACAGAAGGAGAGUUCACAUCAUAGCCUGAAAUAAACAUAUUUGGUUCUUAACACAUUGGAAACUUGUUGUGCCAGACUUCAGCUUGGAGGCUCAUUUCUGCUAUUCAAAGAGGUAAAUAGUCUUACCCAGAGAUCCAAUGCCAUCUAAGGCCACUGGGUGCCACUCAGACUCCAGCAGCUGCAGUGGGGACAAGACUUCUGUUAGCAGCUUAUUGAGAUGCUAGUGCUAUUCAUAUAUUUUUUUAUUUGUUUGGGGGUUGCCCCAGUUCACAUUAGAAGCCUUGCUUUGGGUUGCACUGGUACAUGACUUUACCUGAAACAGAAAGAACAGUUACUUACCUCAUAACUGUUGUUCAUUGAGAUGUGUUGCUCAUGUCCAUUCCAAUUAGGUGUGUGCAUGCAGUGUGCACGGCGUCGUCUGAGAUUUUUCCCUCAGCAGUAUCCGUCGGGCCAACAGGGAGCCCCCUGGAGUGGUGCAGGCAUAUCAGCCAAUAUAUACCCCUGCUGGCCCUCCACCCACUCAGUUCCUUCUUACCGGAAUACUCCGGAGAAAGGGCGGUGGGUGGGGAUUUGGAAUGGACAUGAGCAACACAUCUCAAAGAACAAAAGUUAUGAGGUAAGUAACCGUUUGUUCUUCUUCGAGUGAUUGUUCAUGUGCAUUCCAAUUAGCUGACUCCAAAGCAGAACCUACGGAAGAGGGCCAGAUACUGAAGCUACUGAGGAGUGGAGAACCGUCCUACCCAGGGCGGCAUCCUCUCUGACUUGAUGCGUUUGACAAUCACUGUGUGCUAAAGUAUGGACAGAGGACCACAUGGCGGCUCUGCAAAUGUCCAGGAUGGGAACCUCUGCCACAAAAGCAGUGGAGGCGGCCAUAGCCCUUGUGGAGUGCGCUCUAAGGGGUGGAGCCAGCACCCCCGCCAGGAUGUAGCACACUCUGAUGCAGGCGGUAAUCCAGGAGGAGAUCCGCUGUGAAGACACGGACUGACCCCUCACCCAUUCUGCAAUGGCCACAAAAAGUUGCGGUGAUUUUCAGAAUGGUUUUGUUCUGUCUAAAUAAAAGGCUAAUGCCCUAUGCACGUC